AUGCAGUACGAACGCCAACUGGACAAGAUCUGGCUCCGACUUCAAGAUCCCAACGCUCCUCGGUCCCGCCAUAUAGUCAGCACACGUGAAGUUUUCGACGAUGUCUGCGCGGCGUUCUUGCAAGCUGAACUAGGACCAGAGGGAGACAAUCAUGCUAGUUCCGGACCGUGGGGUGGAGAUACAGAACAGAAAAUCGACGAUAUUAAGACGUACCGUGCAGAGUGGAAUGUUUGGGCUUAUUACUAUGGCGAGCAAGACCCCUUCCCAGGCAUUGAUCCAGCCCUCCGCACAUACCAUACUCACAACCUCAACUCCAACACGUCCCCUAGCAGACAACGAGACACCUAUUUCCCUUCAUACUCCAUUGAGGAUACGACCAGGGAGAAGAAAGACAUCGGUGCUGAACUUCGAGGUCGCCACGCCAGCGAGAAAGAACGAGCAGAUGAUCAAAAGGACAGGGCACUCCGAGCGAUCGAGAAGCGAGCAGAGGAGGCGAAGAAGUUCAUGGAGUAUCGGCGACGCAAGGAAAAGGAGAGGAAGGAGCGCAAGCGGAGAGAGCUUUUGAGCGUCGAUUCUAGGGACAGGGAUGGGCACCUGGAUGUGGAGGGUAGGGAGACGAGAGGUAGUGCGUAUGACACACGAUAUGGAGAGGUUGAACGAGGUUGGGGAUACGAUACCGGACACGGAAGACACCAGGAACCGGACCGUGGAUGGUCUCAUUAUGGCGAGCAAUCUAGUCCUAAGCCUGUAAGAUCUGGAUAUAUUGACCGUGAAAGUCGGCGUGGCGAGCGACAUGCCGUCUGGGGAGAAAAGGAUCAAUAUCACGCCGAGCGACGCUCCGACUUCUCACCUCAAGUUCAGACAAGCAAGCAAAACUACCCAGGCAAGACCCGAAGAACUCAUAGUAUUGACAACCACCAUGCUCGAUACCCACUCUCUCUCCACCGCGAAGAUGCCAUCCGGAACCUCGAACCCCACGACAAGUAUCGGUCAUCCCAGUGGAUUCAUGGCAGUCAGGCCGAGGAAUACUCAUCUUACCAAGGGGUCUCAAAGCAAAAGGGUAGAGAGAAUGAUUCGCAAAGUCGUUGUGAUCGGGGAUUUGGGAUCUUGAGGGAUGAGAAGGAUUGUUAUAGACAGGAAAGGAAGAGAUAUCGAACGGAAUAGGCGAUGACAGACAGAGAUAUGAGCUGGCAUGCAUGAUACCGAGCGGUCUUGAAGUAUUUUGAGGUCAUGCCCUGUUGAGUUGAGACAGCUAGGGGUGCCAGACUGGUUGUAUUUUAUUGAGGCAGCGGUUGGGGCAGAGAGCAUUUCCGGUUGUUAUUCUCAAUCAUCCACGAAGAAAAAAUUCUGGUUGAUUCUGAGGAUUUGGAGAGUGCUUUACAGAACAGAAAGCGGACCUUCCAACGAUGAGCCUUUCUUAGAUAUCAAAU